GCGCAGGCGUCCCGGCGGAGGAGAGGGCGGGAGCCGGGCAGGAGCGCGAUGGCGGCGGGCUCCUCGGCGGCGGCGGCCUCCGUGUCGGGCUCGGGCGCCUACGGGCUGGGCUUGGCCAACGAGCGGCUGCGGCUGCUGGAGGAGCUGGAGCGAGAGAUCGGCGCGGCCAUGCAGAGCGCGGGCACGGUGAUCCUGGAGCUGUCGAAGGAGAAGCCCAACUGGAGCCUGCUGGAGCGCCAGACCUCCCAGUUCAUGGGCUCCGUCCAGAAGGUGGAGUCGGAGCUCUCCGCCCAGAUCCGCUACCUGACGCAGGUGGCCACAGGGCAGCCCCACGAAGGCUCCAGCUACUCGGCCCGCAAGGACUGCCAGAUGGCCCUCAAGAGGAUCGACUACGCCCGGGUCAAGCUGGGAGAAGUCUCCCGGACCUGCGAGCAGAUGCUGGAGCAGUUGAGGCCGAGGCGCAGAGGGGAGGCCUCUCCCGGGUGGCCCCUCCUGGCCGCCAGCACUUGCCAGGCUGCUCUUUGUGGACAAAGGACUCUGAGCAGCCUACCUGCGGAGCAGACUGGAGCAACCCUGCGGGGCAGAAGAGGAACAGCAACGUCUCUGUCGCCUUUUCCAGUUUCAUAG